CUUCUAGGUUGCUCACGCAAAAAAGAAUUCCUAUUAUCACGUGGUUGAGCACAAGCCACGCAUAGCACCUGUCCUUGCGUGCUUUGUAAGAUCAUCAGUACGCUACACCAAUGACAGCAUUCAGCCUUCUUUCAUGAUCUACAGCGUCGCAUGUCGCUUCUCAUCAUUAUAGAUCCUGUGCUGUUGAAAUGUACCACCCGAACGACAAUUCGCCAAACAGAUUGAAAGGAGAGCAGAGCCACCUAACCCAUUCCGCCAUUGAAUCAAAUGGCAAUCCUGUAACAUCAAUGAGCUAUAAUUACCCUUCCUCUAACAGUUAUCCUGAUCUGACUACGGCUGGUGUUCAAGUUGGCACAAUCAAUAUGCGGCCACCCAACGACUUACAAUCACAACGCGCUUUUCCAUCAGCCACAAAGCUUUCUAAUCCUAUAUUGCAGUUUGCAAAUGGAGUUCGGAAAACUGGAAUGACACGGGAGGAACUGAAGAACUGCGGUAACAUAAUCAAGGAGUUGAAGAAGCAUCGUGACGCUGCUCCAUUUCUCGUUCCCGUUGAUCCUGUUUUGCUCAAUAUUCCCGACUAUCCCAGUGUUAUCAAAAACCCAAUGGAUUUAUCUACGGUCGAGCGUAAGCUAAACAGUUUGGAGUACGAAACAACAGAGGACUUUGGGAAAGAUAUUCAACUGAUUUUCGACAACUGCUAUCUUUAUAAUGGAAUUGAUGCACCUGUUUCCCAAGCCGCGACGGGAUUGAAAAAUGCAUACACCAAGCUUUUGCGUCGAUUUUCAACUGAAAAUGUCAAAAAUACUGCGGAUUCGAUUGCUGCGAAAGAAACGCCGAAAAAGCCAUCUUCAGGGCUAAAGUCAAAGAAGGAGUUGGCCAAGAAAGAGAAAAAGGAGCCCAAGCUUAUCCCUGUCCAGCUUGUUACCCCUGGUUCAACAGCAGUGCCUACACUGACGCAAAUGGAACGAGUACGAGAGGAAUCAGAGGAGCGGCGACCAAAACGGGACAUUCACGCCCCUUCAAAAGAGAUUCCAACAGGGAUUUCUACGAAAUCAAAAGGUGCAGCAAGGUGGAAAUCCGACCCACAGCUAAAGUUUUGCCACGACUAUAUUUUGAAGGAGCUUGGAAAAAAGACACAUGCAGAAUUCAUGUUUCCAUUCAUGGAACCUGUUGACUGGGAGAAACUCAUGAUCCCAGAUUAUCCAAAGAUCAUUAAGCAUCCAAUGGAUGUUGGGACCAUUCGCAAAAAACUUGAGGCAGAUGAAUAUGACAGAGCAAGCCAGUUCAGGGAUGAUAUCCAACUCGUUUUGAGCAAUUGUUUUACGUUUAAUGCCCCAGAUAAUCCAGUCCAUAUUAUGGGUCGCAGGAUGCAGCAGCUCUUUGAACAGCUCUGGGCAAAGCGACCCCGAACGCCAUCGCCCCCGCUUGUUGAAGAGGUUGCUGUUGACUCCGAAGAUGAGAAUGAAAAUGAGAAUGAAGAUAAUAAUGAGGACUCUUCAGACGAGAAGAUUGCAGAAAUGGAGAGACAUCUCAGGACUUUGGCAGAAGAGCUGGAGUCAAUGAAGGCAACGAAGAAAAAGGUGAAAGGUGAAAAAGGAGACAGAAAACCAGAACCCAAAACAUAUCAAGACAAAUCCAAAUCCAAGUCGACAUCAAAAGCACAAAAAUCAUUAGCAAGAGUUCCAGAAAAGAAAUCUAGUACAAAGAGGUCUCGACCAGUAUAUUUUAGCAGUGAUGAAGACGAAGACGAAGACGACAUCCCAAUUAUCACGUUCGAGCAAAAGAAAGAGCUCAGUGAUAGCAUCAAUAGCUUCGAGGGAGAAAAACUCGGCAAGAUUGUGCAGAUUAUUCACGAUAGCAUGCCUCACUUGCGUGAUGUAAUUGAAAGCGCUCCAUGUUUCUUUCCCGCCCCCCGAAAAAAAAAUGCACAGGAUCUUGAUGAUUUGUAUACUUAUUUUAAUGGCUAACUCAAUUUUUACCUUGUAAAAUAGAAUGGUGGUCAGGAAGAAAUAGAGCUGGACAUGGAUUCCUUGGAUCCUCGCACGCUUUUUAAACUGUAUCAAUAUGUCAAAAAGAAUUCACCAAAGCAGAAAAAACCAGUCCCUAAGAAAUUGAAGGUUCAAUACACGGAGGAAGACUCUACGAGGAAAAUCACAGAGCUUGAGCGCACUCUCCAAAAACUAGAUCAUGAAGCCCAUAACAAAGAUACUUAUACUCCACAAAAUGGUAAUUUCUCAAGUGCAACUGACAGCUCCAGCUCAGGAUCGGAUAGUGAUGAUUCAGGUAAC